ACAUAUGCACGUGACGUCAUCCUUUGUGCUGUUGGCAGAACGAAGAUCUGCGAGCUACCCGGCCAACAUGGAGAGAAAAGUUCUAGCUCUUCAAGCGAGGAAGAAGAGGGCAAAAGCGAAGAAGUCCAGCAAGAAGCAUCCAGCCCACCCCAGGGGGACCGCAGCCCAGCAGCAGCCCCAACCAGAGGCCUCUCCCCAGGAACCAGAUGAGCCUGAGGAGAUCCUAGGCUCUGAUGACGAGGAGCAGGAGGACCCCAACGACUACUGCAAAGGUGGCUACCACCAUGUAAAGAUAGGAGACCUGUUCAAUGGGAGGUACCAUGUGAUCAGGAAGCUAGGCUGGGGACACUUCUCCACUGUGUGGCUGGCCUGGGACAUACAGGUGAAGCGGUUUGUGGCUAUGAAGGUUGUGAAGAGUGCAGAGCAUUACACCGAGACAGCCGUGGAUGAGAUCAAACUCCUCAGAUCUGUGAGAAACACGGACCCUGACGAUCCCAAGAGGGAGAUGGUGGUUCAGCUACUGGAUGACUUCAAGAUCUCCGGCAUCAAUGGGACUCAUGUGUGCAUGGUGUUUGAGGUGCUGGGGCACCACCUACUGAAGUGGAUCAUCAAGUCCAACUACCAGGGCCUUCCUCUGCCCUGCGUCAAGACCAUCAUACGCCAGGUACUCCAAGGCCUGGACUACCUUCACACCAAGUGUGAGAUCAUCCACACUGACAUCAAGCCAGAGAACAUCCUGUUGACGGUGAAUGAGCCCUAUGUGAGGAGGCUGGCCGCGGAGGCUACAGAGUGGCAGAAAGCAGGGGCUCCCCCUCCCUCAGGGUCCGCAGUCAGCACAGCGCCAGCUCCAAAAGCGGUGGCCAAAAUGUCCAAGAACAAGAAGAAGAAGUUAAAGAAGAAGCAGAAGCGUCAGGCGGAGCUAUUGGAGAAGUGCAUUCUGGAUCUGGAGGAGAUGGAGAAGGCUCCGGGGAGGGGAGAGGAGGAGGAUGAAGAUGAAGAAGACCUGGAGUCUCCAGUCUCUUCCAAACAGCAGCGGACAUAUUGUGCUCCUCUCAGACAGGUUUCCUUACAGGAGAUAGCCAGCCAAGACAGAACCGCGUACAUUGCGGGUGCGGAGGUGACGCGCUUCGUACCAGAAAGCAUAAUAACUGAGGUAGAGGUGAACUUUAAUGGCCUUCAUCCUGAGGAAGAGGAAGAUAAAACAAAGGAGUGGAAGGAGGAAGACCAUCACAACGGUAACACAGACCCAGCUGAGGAUCACUGUCUUCUUCAGGAGUCAAACCCACAGGAGUCAAUGUUAUCCAACCCACAGGAGUCAAUGUUAUCCAACCCACAGGAGUCAAUGUUAUCCAACCCACAGGAGUCAAUGUUAUCCAACCCACAGGAGUCAAUGUUAUCCAACCCACAGGAGUCAAUGUUAUCCAACCCACAGGAGUCAAUGUUGUCCAACCCACAGGAGUCAAUGUUGUCCAACCCACAGGAGUCAAUGUUGUCCAACCCACAGGAGUCAAUGUUGUCCAACCCACAGGAGUCAAUGUUGUCCAACCCACAGGAGUCAAUGUUGUCCAACCCACAGGAGUUAAAAAAGGUGUCAAAUGGUCAGGAGUCUCCACCCGUGUGUAACGGCCUGGUGUCCCCAGAAACAGAGGAGCCUAAGACCCCAGAGAGUGAGGAGGGGAGUGCAGCUCUACCCAGGAAGGUGACUGAGAUAAGGAGAGAAGCAUCUGAGAUGGAGUCAACAAGCUUCAGGGUCCGGGAGGAGGAGAAGGAGGAGGAGGAGCUGUCACCGGAGGAGGAGGAACAGGAGAAGAAGAAUCAGGACAGGGAUCAGGAGGAAGUCACAGAGGAGGCGCAGGAUAGGAGUUGGGAGGAGGAGGAGCAGAACAGGAGUCAUGGGGAGGAGGAGGAAGAGGAGGCCACAGAGAUGCUGGAUAACAUCCAGUAUGGAGGAGAACAGGAGAGUCUGAAGGAUGCCAAACUAGCAGCGGGAAACCUCCUGGUCAACCCCCUGGAGCCACUUAAUGCAGGCAGACUGAAGGUCAAGAUAGCAGACCUGGGGAACGCCUGCUGGGUGCACAAGCACUUUACAGAAGACAUCCAGACGAGACAGUACCGUUCUCUAGAGGUGCUUAUUGGGUCUGGCUACAGCACACCAGCUGACAUAUGGAGUACAGCCUGCAUGGCGUUUGAGCUGGCCACUGGGGACUACUUGUUUGAGCCCCAUUCCGGGGAAGAUUACUCCAGGGAUGAAGACCAUAUUGCAUUGAUCAUUGAGCUGCUGGGGCAAGUCCCACGCAAACUCAUAACGGCUGGGAAAUAUUCCAAGGAUUUUUUCACCAAGAAAGGUGACCUGAAGCACAUCACCAAGCUGAAGCCAUGGGGGUUACUAGAGGUGCUACAGGAUAAGUAUGAGUGGCCUAAAGAGGAGACUGAUUGUUUCGCCGACUUCCUCCUCCCCAUGCUGGAGCUGGUACCAGAGAAGAGGGCCACGGCCGCAGACUGCCUGCGCCACCCCUGGAUCGCCCCCCAGUGACAGCCUCCAGUACUGCAAAUCAAAAAUACCCUGGUGCCUGUUCAGUAGGCAAACAUUGUGGAAUGUUGCAGAUAACUGUCAUGACUAGAGGUGACAUGAUUCUCUUUUCUACAUGUCAUAGAGGCAUUAAUGUUCUACAUUAGAGAUUUGUAUCAGAACAUUCCAGAACGUUUUCUCCUGCUGAAUGCACCCCCUUCGCCUGGAUUGCCCUCCCCAAUGGAGCCUUCCAACCACUGCAAUGUAAAACCAUGUGAAGUUACUGAACCUUCAGCUGUAUGGCGUUGAACAGAGCUACGAUCAUCUGUCAAAUAGAACAGGGAAUUGGGUCCACUUUAUUCAUUCAAUUUCUAUCUUCAAUGUCACGUUUUGAAUUUUGUCAUUUAGCAGGACAUGCUUAUCCAGAGGGACUAAGUGUCUGCUAAAUGAGUGAAAAGUAAAAUGAGCCUUUCAUUUUCCUAAAUACACCCCUGGAUGUAUUCCCUCUAGGUGUCGUCUCUGGUCACUGCGAUGCAAAUGAAACCCCUCACAAGAGACUUGUUGCAACAGAGCACUUUCCAAUUCAACCAUAUCUGAGAUGACUUAUUUAUUUCUGUUUUACAUUUGUAUUCUUACAUUGUGUUCUUAUUAUCAUCAAGGAGUGUCUGUAAGCUUUUAUUUGUUUCUUUCCUUUGUACUGAUUGUGUUUAAAUAAGCCAGUAGGCAACAUUGGUUGAUGGUCAUUUUGGCGGUCCAGAAUUCUGUGCUCCGUACACUACUCACUUGUAUGAAGACUUGUCUUUGUAAUUGUUAUUGUGACUCUCUCACCACCAUCUUGUUUUGUUUUAUACCUGCACAAGACCUGGAAAAGAUCAAGAUCAAUGAACUGCCCUUCACUUUUGUAAUCCUGUUUCCGUUUAAAUAACUUGAUACCACUUGUUUUCUUUCCUCUGAUAAAUGUCAUUGAUGUCUGUCUGUGUUCAAUUUAAGAGUUCUUCUGUGUUACACCUUCACCUGUAAGGCAUUUGUUUUCUAUUAAGUGUAGUAUUAGGAAGUUGCACAUAGGGCAGAUGAACAGACUCGUAGGUUGCACUCUAGUCUCUUUUCUGACUGAGCUAUUUGUUGGUCUUCACCACCCAUAAAUACAAUGGAGGACUGUCUUGCUAUUUUUAGAUCAGCCAGUAAAAACCAUACUAUCUGACAUUGUUCAGAAUCCGUUAUAAUACUAACUUUGCAUAUAUUCACUUUGAGCCAAUGGGAGACUGGUUUUGUGGGUUUAAUUAAGUAAGAUGUUCAUAAGAACACCAUCCGAAAGAAGAGAAAUUGUGAAAAGAUAUAUAAAAUGACGUGUGUGUGUGUGUAUAUAUAUAUAAAUAACUGUACCAAGGAAUUUGCCUUUCUGUAUAUUACAGCCGUGUACAGUUUUUAACAAAUCGUAGGGGUGUGGCUGAAAUGGCACCCUUUUCCCUAUGUAGUGUGCACUACCUAUGGAAUAGGGUGCCAUUUAGGGUGGCCCCUACUAUGUCUGGGUAGUAUUGUGUCAAUAAAGCAUAUGGAAGGAGUGUGCAAGCUCUUUUGUGUGAACGUC